AUGAAGUGGGUCGAAAAUGGAAGCUCAAAGGUGAGUAUGUGCUCGGAGAAGACGAUUCAGUCGAAGACAGUAGCAGCGAAGAGGAAGAAGGGUACAGAGAAGAUGAGUUCUACAUCUAAAGGAAACGUGGUUUAUCAACAAAACGUGUUUAAUGGAGGUGACAAUAAUGUAUCAAAGUCUUAUGAGAACCACUAUUUGAAGAUAAGGUUUCACUACAAGGGUUACUUCAUUUCUGACCCUGUGGUAUCUUAUAAGAAAGGUGAAAUACAUGAAUAUGGUGGUGAGUGGGACAUUGAUGAGGUGAACUUAAAAGAUCUGGACAAUCUGAUCAGAGAUAUUGGGGUGGUAGAGGAGUACAAGUUGUGGUAUAAAUGUCCAGGUUUUGACAUAGUUGAUGGCCUAAGGUUGCUGAAUAGUGAUAGGGAUGUGGUUAGGUUCAUAAAUGAGCAUAGGAAUGUAUCAGGAGCUGAGUUUUAUGUUGAAGCCAAAGAUGUUGAAGUUGAAGAUUGCAGGUAUGAUAGUGAUGUUGAAGAGGUUGUUGUAGUUGACAAAGGCAAGCAAGCAGCUGAGAGUGAUGAAGGGGAUGAAUCUGAUCCUGAUUUCAAUGGUGAUGGUGAUGAAGGAAAUAUUCCUGACUAUGAAGUAGAAGAUGAGGAGGGAAGUGUUGGUGAUGUUUCAGUUGAUGAUAGUGACUUUGAUGAAGACUUUGAUUGGACUACUAUUUUGCCUAACCAGACUUUGAACCCCACCCUUGCUAGUCAAGCAGAUAACUCUAAUCAAGCUGUACUUGGAGUUGAAGUGUCUAGGAACCCUAAAGUGACUAGUUUGGAAGACUUUGAAGAUGAGAAUGAAGACUCAGAUUUCUUAGAGAGUCCUGAUGCAUCUGAGGAAGAAGAGGGAUCAAGAAAGAGGAAGCUGAAUAGGUUUAAGUUGGGCAAUAACAAUGACCCUGUAGUAUUUGAGGAGGGUCAGAUAUUUGCAAGUGGUGUUUUAGUUAAAACUGCUGUGAAAGAGUAUGGUUUGCAAAGCAAGACAAAUGUGUACCUACAGAAAAAUGAGAAGAAAAGAAUUGUGGUGAAGUGUAUGCAAGGUUGUCCAUAUCAUAUUAGAUUUAGUAGGGUUCCUCCUCAAAGUCAUUAUGUUCUCUCUAGUUUGAAGUCUGUGCACAAAUGCUAUCCAACUGGUAAAAUUAGGGUGUUAUCUGGACUGUUGUUGGCAAAAAAACUGGUUCCACUACUUAAGCAUACACCUACUAUGACCCUUAAGGGUCUAAAAGAUGAGUGUAAGAAUAGGUGGAAUGUGAUGUUGAGCUCUUUCCAGGUGUAUAGGGCAAAAUUAAGUGCUUUAGAAAUGAUUCAUGGUGCUUGUGAUGAACAAUAUGCUCAUCUAAGAAACUAUGCUGAAGAGUUGCUAAGAAGCAAUCCUGGGAGUAGUGUUAAGAUUCAAUGCAAGCCUGGUGUUGGGGGGGUAUUUUUUCAGAGAAUGUAUGUAUGUUUCAAUGCUUGUAAAAGGGCAUUUGUGAGUAACUGUAGGCCAUUGAUAGGACUUGAUGGAUGUUUUCUGAAAGGGAGGUAUGGUGGACAUCUGUUAUCAGCUGUUGGUAAAGAUGGUAACAAUCAAAUGAUACCCAUUGCCUUUGCUGUUGUGGAAGCUGAAACAAAAGAUUCAUGGGAUUGGUUUAUGGAUCUGCUUCUAUCAGACUUGAAUGGAGUAGAAUUCAAAAGAUGGUCUUUCAUAUCAGACCAACAAAAGGGUUUGGUGAAUACCAUAGCUGCUAUUGGGGAGCAUGUUGAACACAGGUUAUGUGUUAGACAUUUGUAUGGAAACUGGAGGAAAAGGCAUGCUGGAGAGAAAUUGAAAGAAGCUUUGUGGAAAGCUGCCAGGGCCUGCACAAUGCCUGAGUUCAACAAAGCUAUGGAGGAUCUGAAAAGAUUAAGUGUGCCAGCUUGGGAGGAAAUGAGGCAGUAUGCACCAGGUAUGUGGUCUAGGGCAGGAUAUAGCACUCACACAAAUUGUGACUUGCAAGUCAAUAAUAUGUGUGAGGCAUUUAACUCUGCAAUCUUAGAGUUAAGGGAUUUACCAAUUAUAUCACUUGUUGAGGGAUUGAAGUUCUAUAUCACAAAUAGGAUAGUUAAGUUAAGAGAUUACAUGUUAAGGUAUGAAGGGGAAAUUUGUCCAAUGAUAAGAAAGAUUGUGGAAAAGGCUAAGAAAGAUACAAUUGGUUGGACACCAAUUUGGUGUGGUGAUAGGGAGUCUUCUAUGUUUUCUGUGACUGAUGGAACUGACACAUAUGCUGUCAAUCUCAAAGACAAAACAUGUGCAUGUAGAAAAUGGGAUUUAAGUGGUAUCCCUUGUCCUCAUGCCAUUGCUGGAAUUUAUUACAAUCAAGCUAAUGUUGAUGAUUAUGUGGCACACUGGUAUAGGUUAGUUUUAUUUAUAAGUUUUUAUUGUUUCUUUAUUAUUAUUCAUUACAUUUUUUCUGAAUAUUUAAAUUGUUUGUAUAAAAUUGGUAGGAAACAAAAAUUUCUGGAUACUUAUGAUCAUUUGAUCCUUCCUUCUAAUGGCCCAAAACUAUGGCCAGAAGUUAACACAGAACCAAUACUCCCACCUGGUGCCAGAAGGGCACCUGGGAGGCCUAAAAAGGCAAGAAGGAAGGAGAAUGAUGAGCCCAAAACAGCAAGCAAAAAGGGCAAAAGAAAUCAGGUAACUUUGAGGUGUAGAAAGUGUAAAGAGCUUGGACAUAAUACCAGGACAUGUGGUGGAAAGACAGGUGCUGACAGAAGGAUUCCUGUUGGAGGGAACAAGGAUAUUAUUUCACAAUCUGCACAAACUGGUAUUGAUGCACAAGCUGGACAGCCUAACAACAAUGAAUCUGCACAAGCUAACACAUCUAAUGUGCAAUCAACUGCUGCUGGUACACCUGCAGGUGCUGCAAAUGGUACAACUUCUGUCAACAACAUUUAUGGACCUGCUACAACUUCUGUUAAGAACAACAUUGCUACUGGUACACAAGCUGCAAUUGGAAAUGUUACAGCUGUUUUCCCUGCUGCAAGCAACAUAUCUGGUUCAAUGAGAGGUGGCAACCAUGUUGUUGGUGAGGUAGCUUUGUUUGUGCCUAGAAAAUCUAGAACAACAGGGGUUAGAAAUGUUGGUACUCAACAGUCUGUGAACAAGACAUAA